AAAUGGACUUCGCAUCAGCAGAAGUAAAACCGAGCAUUUAGAAUGCAAGUUUAGUAGUGAUACCACCAUCUCCAACAGGAUCUAUAUCGAAGGAGAUCAACUUCCAAAGGUAUCACAAUUCAAAUAUCUCGGAACGAUGCUGACGGCCGAUGGUGCCAUUGAAUCCGACGUCACUCACAGAGUCAACGCUGGCUGGCAAAGAUGGAGAGCCCUCUCUGGUGUUCUUUGCGAUACAAGAAUGCCAAUCAAAGUCAAGGGCAAAGUCUACAAGACAGCCGUGAGACCGGCAAUGAUGUACGGUGCUGAAUGCUGGGCAAUUAAAAAGGCGCAUGAACAAAAAUUACAUGUGGCAGAAAUGAAGAUGCUGAGGUGGGCGGCAGGAGUAACAAGACUCGAUAAAGUGAAAAAUGAAUACAUCAGAGGUAGUUACAAAGUUGCACCCAUCACAAACAAAGUAACGGAAAGCAGACUUCGCUGGUACGGCCACGUGAUGAGACGCCCCGAAGACCACGUAGUUCGGCAAGCCUUGGCAUUGCCGAACAGGGAAGCGAGCAGACAAGGAAGACCUAAAGCCACGUGGUGGUCUACAGUAACCCGCGACUUGGAACGAGCCCAGCUUACCCCAAAGACAACUCAGGACAGACGGUCCUGGCGCAUGAGAACGAGGAGAGCCGACCCCAAAUAAUGGGAAUAAGGCAAAGAGAAAGAAGAAG